UGGCAAAAGGCGGCUGUGACUUGGACUCAGGAGAACGUUUGCUUGUGCAGCACACAGGACUAUCAUCAGCGGUUUUUCAGGAUGAAUCUGGAAAAACUCAGCAAACCAGAACUACUGACGCUGUUUAGCAUUCUUGAGGGAGAAUUAGAAGCAAGAGAUCUUGUCAUAGAAGCCUUAAAGGCCCAGCACAGAGACACGUUCAUCGAAGAACGCUAUGGGAAGUACAACAUCAGUGAUCCCUUAAUGGCUCUGCAGAGAGACUUCGAGACCCUGAAGGAAGGAAAUCAUGGUGAAAAGCAACCAGUAUGCUCCAAUCCCUUAUCUAUUUUGAAAGUGGUGAUGAAACACUGCAAGAAUAUGCAGGAAAGAAUGUUAUCCCAGCUAGCUGCUGCGGAAAGCAGGCACAGAAAGGUGAUUCUGGACCUGGAGGAGGAGCGGCAGCGGCACGCCCAGGACACGGCGGAGGGGGAUGAUGUCACCUACAUGCUGGAGAAGGAGCGGGAGCGGCUCACCCAGCAGUUGGAGUUUGAAAAAUCCCAAGUGAAAAAGUUUGAAAAAGAACAGAAGAAGCUGUCGAGCCAGUUGGAGGAGGAGAGGGCACGCCACAAGCAACUGUCGUCCAUGCUUGUAGUGGAGUGCAAGAAAGCCACUGCCAAAGCAGCUGAAGAGGGGCAGAAGACAGCAGACUUGAGCUUGAAAUUGGAAAAAGAGAAGAGUAAGGUGAGUAAACUGGAAGAGGAGCUGGCGUCCAAGAGGAAGCGGGGUUUACAGAUGGAAGCACAAGUAGAAAAGCAGCUCUCGGAGUUUGACAUUGAAAGAGAACAGCUGAAAGCCAAGCUGAACAGAGAAGAAAACCGUACAAAAGCACUCAAAGAGGAGGUGGAAUGUCUGAAGAAAGCCCUGAAAGAGCUGGAGGCUUCUUGCCAGCAGCACAGUCCUACCGAGCCUUCGCAGCCAAGCCCCUCGGUGAUGUCCAGAGGUGUUGCAACCGACAGCCCCCCGGUGAAGUCUGCGUCUUGCCAGACAGAGUGUCUGCAGGCAGACCGAGCGAAUCCCGCCGGCACCGGCAAAGCCGUACCCACCGUGCUUCCCAGCCCUACGACACCUACUCACUCCUAUGCAAAAUCCAACGGCCAUUGUGAUACAGACGCGCAGACGGGUAGCGAGCUACUGCAGACAAAUGUGGCGGAGACCCAAGUUCAAAAGGAGAAAUCUGCUGGUGCAGCCUCAGAAAACACGGUUGAGAAUGGAAGUUCUCCUGUAAGAACAGAGUCACCGGUGCAUCUGAUGUCCCAGCUCCCUUCUGGUGGGGCCUCCCUGUCUCCCAGCAGCACGGCUGCCUCCUCGCUGACACCUUCUCCUUGCUCCUCACCAGUUCUGACCAAGCGCUUAGUGGGAGCUUCAGCGAGCAGCCCCGGUUACCAGUCAUCCUACCAGGUGGGGAUCAAUCAACGUUUCCAUGCAGCUCGGCACAAGUUUCAGUCUCAAGCGGAACAGGACCAUCAGUCGAGUGGUUUGCAGAGCCCACCGUCACGGGAUUUGUCUCCUACUCUAGCAGAUAACUCCGCCGCCAAGCAGCUGGCCCGCAAUACGGUCACUCAGGUCCUUUCCAGAUUCACCAGCCAGCAGGGACCUAUCAAACCUGUCUCCCCUAACAGCUCACCUUUUGGCACGGACUACCGAAAUCUGGCAAAUGCUGUGAGCCCCAAAAACGAAUCUGGCCACUCUCCAAGCCCUGGCAAGGGUUCCAGUCCGCUAAGCCCACUGUCUCCUGGAAUUAAGUCCCCAACCAUUCCUAGAGCAGAAAGAGGGAACCCUCCACCCAUUCCUCCAAAGAAACCCGGCCUCGCUCAGUCACCUGCUGCUCCUACUCCGCUAACCAAAACCUCUUCCCCGGCCCCCUCUCUGGGUGCCCCCAUGGAUGUGGCCGGCAGCUGCUCGAACAAUACCGUAGUGUCCAACGGCAAGGACGCUGAGCUGCUGCUGCCAACUAGCAGCUAGUCUCCAGAAAAUGUGAAUGUGACAUUCCAUGGCUUAGCACCCUAGAGCUAAGACACUGUUUUUCCACUCCAUGUUAUUUAUUUCCAUAGUAGCAGAUUCUGUCUGUAUAAAGCAUUUAGUAUAUUUUUUUUUUUCCUUUUGUAAUAGCUAGGAAAAUAUUUUUGUUUAUGAAGAAACCUUAACUACAGCUAUACAGUAGCCUCAAAAUGUCUCAUGGCAACAGUCAAAUCAUUAGAGAUAACGAGAACCAUAUCACGUGGUGGGACCUGACUACCGAGCUCUAAUGGGACUGAAAUGCUACUUUUAAAUUAUGCAGAAAUAACUUUUGCAGACUUUUUACUCCAGAUGAACAUUUUCUAAAAAGUGCCUGAACUAAGCCUGCAAUAUGAAUGUGAUUCUCUGGACAAGGCGAGGGGGGGACCAUCUAGCUGCAGAAACAAAUUCUUCUGUGAGUCCUGAAUGUUGAAACCAACACUGGUUUUCUUUUUAAUUCUUCCCAUUUGCUAAAGUAAGUUAGCAAAUGUGCUUCACAUUCUGUAAGGUGACCACCAGACCCACGCCGCCAGCCACGCUUUGCCCUUCAGGACACGGCUCCUAGCUGUUUGAAGGAGCACGCCUGGGUCUCUUGGGGUAAAAUUUGGCCGUGAUACAAUCCAGAUCGCUUUUCUCACAGUACUCGUUGGCCACGCCGUUGCCUCUGCUCCCCUGUAGCCCAUUCCGCAGGGGUGCCCGCGUGCUUUAAGUGGCUGAACUCUGGUGUCUGGUGCGUCACCUUGAAUUUUCAAGCUCUUCAAGCAUUCUACUGUCGUGUGUAGAACUUCUGAGAAAAGGAUCUUGCUAUUACUUGACAAAGAUCUCGCUAUUACUUGAAAAAAAAAAAAAUCACUAGUCCAUAUGAUACCGGUUUUUUGCAACAGUAACAUGGGAUCUUCUACUAUAAACAAAAGCAAUAAUUUUGUUCCUCAUCUCUAUCAGUUGUGUCUGGCUGACCUGGAUUUUACCCGCUAGUUAGCCGUGGGAUCUUGGCUGCAAAUAUGGAACCAAAUCGUUACUGGCGUGGAACUGAGUAUGUAUAUAUGUGUAAGUAGUUUCACACGCAUACAUACUAAACACAGUGCAUUAGGAAAACCUUUAUCUAUUCUUGAUGUUCUGCCUAACGUGAAGAAAAUGUGGGAAUUCAUUGAGAUUAAAAAAAAAAAAAAAGCACUUGGGAAUUGCCAAAGUUUGAGGCAAAUCAUGUGUGUGAAAAAAUUAUUUGAGCCCAAGAGGGGAGAAGCAACCGGCUCCUGUGCAGAAGGGUUUGCUGCAGGCGGUGCAGCCCGCCCGUGCUGCCCAUGGCUCAGCCGCACAGCACGGUUGGUUUUCUGAGUCCCUGCGGUGAGAAAUAGAAGCCAAACGCAGCGCAGGUCAGAGGCUGAGAGCACAGCCCUGAGUUAGUUGUCUCGGGUGGUUUAAGUGAACUGAUCCUGAAUUUAGAAGCUGGCCUUGCUGCUCAGCGUCACUCCAUGUUCAGCGUUUCCCUCUGCGGCAGCGUCACGUUUACGCAGAGCACAGCCUCCCGCUGCCAGAGAGGUUGGUGUUUUUCCAUAUUUAAUUAGACAAAAUAUGUCCACCUUUAGGGACGAUCCCCCCCACCUGGGGGGGUGCACUGCUGUACCCUGAUGGGUUCCUGCUGGCUGCGAGUCCCCUUGGUGGGACACGGAGCUCCGCUGCUGCGCUGAGGUGGCCCUGGUCUGAGGCGGCCCCGCUGUCCUCCCGCGCGGCCGUGGCCGGUAUUUGGGCCAGAGCAAGAGGUGGUCGCAGACCUUUCGGCAGCCUUUUAAAUGGUGGUGGUAGGUGAUGUUGUUCCUGCUCCGCAGCACGGGCUGUGUAGGAACAGCAGGGGGAGAGAGGCAGCCUGGAGAUGAAGGGGCGGUGACUUUUGGAAGCACAUUUAUUACUUUUUUUAAGUAUCCACAGCAGAUUUUUCCUCCUGAUGGGCAGGUGGACUUUGGCCCAUGUAUCACUUCGAUUCAAAAGUGAGGCUUUUGUAUACACUGCUUUAACGCGUUUCUUUGCUUUUACAUUAAUCUAAAUGGUAUUAUCCCUUUCUUUAUCCAUAGCUCUAGAGAGAGAGAAAUGCUAUGAUGAAGUCUGUUAGGAAAUGCACUGAGUACUGGUUCCUCUGAAAUACAAAUGGGAAGGGGUAUGCAAAAGAAUGUAUUUUUGCUCGUAGCCUAUCUUCUGAGAGAAACUAAGCACAAGAUACUAAAAUGGAUCCAACUAAUUCAGUGAGACGCGUAGAGUUAGUAUUUAACUGUCGAUGUAGUUCUGUGUGGAAGCAACUAGAUAUUCUAUAACUCACCUCUGUUAUAAGCAGACGUUGUUGCAGAGUUUGUCACUGGCUAAUGGAGUGUCAUGAAGUGCAGAACGCAUACACUAGUAUUAAUUCAUUAACACUUUGUAAAUUUGUAAAGCCAAAUGUACCAAGCUGAAGUCUUUAAUCAUUUUUAUAG